AUGGAGCUGCUGCUGCUGCUGCUCUGUGUGUCUGCGGCUGCUGAGCGUCUGCCCUCCUCAUCCAGCCUGGUUACUCGGCGUGAUCGUUCUGACCCGUUCCUGCUCCCUCCAGUCCAACAUGAGGACCUAGAGGUGGUGGCUUGUUCACCUGCUAAUGAAAUGGACAUGAUGGCUCUGGAUGGUGAACACGUUUGGCACGCCGACUUCAUCCAAGGAAAAGGAGUCGUCACCAUGCCGCACUUUCUCGUCCAUCCAGAUUUCCCAGGGUUUUAUGAGCGAGCUGAGAAGAGAGAGAAGUUCUGCAAAGACAACCUGAAGACUCUCCGCUUAGAAAUGAAGGACAUCCCUGAUCCGCUUGAUCCCCCCUCCAGCCUGCUCUACCCGGCCCACCAUGCGGUUCUUGGGGAGAAGAACGUUCUGGUGUGUCAUGUCUCUGGUUUCUGUCCGGCGCCGGUCCAGGUGUCCUGGAUGAAAAACGGACAGGAAGUGACGUCGGGCAGCAGCCUCACCAUCCCGCUGCCCAGCAGGACCAGCAGCUUUACCCAGAUCUCCAGGCUGGACUUCAUUGUUCAGUUUGGAGACGUCUACAGCUGCUCGGUGGACCAUCAGGCUCUGAGGAAGCCACUUACCAGGACCUGGGAGUUCCAGGUGGAGGCGCCGCCCGGGCCCGGCGACGGCCCAGCCGUUCUGUGUGCAGUAGGAGUGAUGGUGGGUCUGCUGGGAGCGGCCACCGGAGCGUUCUUCAUGGUUAAAGGGAUGCAGCUGAUUGGUCCAUCCUGAACCUCCUGACAGGAAGUCUUGGUUGUGUCCAAAGUCCUGGUUCUGAUCCAACACUUGGAUCCGAUCAGUUCGGAUCAGUCUGAGAUUCAACAUUCAAGCUCCUGGACUCAGGCUGGUCUUUAUAGAAAUAUGAUCUCUAGAUGUUCUGGAGCCGACGCUUCAUUUCAUAACGAAGAAACGGGUUCAGGAAACCCGAACGUCUGAUCCUCAGUUGGUUCUGGACUGAAUCCGUUUUUUCUGGCUGGUACUGAUGAUUGUUUUCUGAUUUAAAUGAAAUUAAAAACAUUUUCUCUCUGAA